UCAUCCUCCAGACCCCGCCUCUUUCAGUCUCACUCCUUCCCAUGGCUCCUCCGAAAAUUUUACUCUGCGGCGACGUUUUGGGCCACCUCAAGCAGCUCUUUAAACGAGUCGCUUCGGUCAACAAAUCAGCGGGUCCGUUCGACGCUUUGUUCUGCGUGGGCCAGUUCUUCCCCGACUCGGCGGACCAGCUCGACGAGUUCAAUGACUACAUUGAAGGCCGGGCACAAAUUCCUCUCCCAACCUACUUCAUCGGAGACUAUGGCGUUGCCGCCACUAAGGUACUCUUAGCCGCAACGAAAGAUUCCGGGAACCAAGGCUUCAAAUUGGACGGCUUGAAGAUAUGCAACAAUCUCUACUGGUUGAAAGGCAGUGGCAAAUUUAAGCUCCAUGGGUUAUCUGUGGCGUAUUUAUCUGGUCUCCAAUGUUCGGAUGGUCAACAGUUUGGGACAUAUAGCCAGGAUGAUGUUGAUGUGUUGCGAGCGGUUGCUGAGGAGCCUGGAAUUAUUGACUUGUUUCUAACUAACAAAUGGCCAAGCGGGAUCACUAAUAGGGCAGCUGCAUCCGAUGUUCCUCCUGGAGCCUCUGAGCCUUUUGGCAGUGACUCUACUGUGGCAGAGUUAGUAGCCGAGAUCAAACCGCGCUAUCAUAUUGCAGGUACGAAAGGCGUGUACUAUGCACGUGAACCUUACUCCAAUGUCGAUGCUGUGCAUGUGACCCGCUUCUUGGGCCUUGCUCCGGUUGGAAACAAAGAUAAGCAGAAAUUUAUUCAUGCAAUUUCUCCUACUCCAGCAUCCACAAUGUCUACUGUUGAGAUUAGUACAAAGUCACCAACCACUACCUUAUCUCCAUACACAUAUGGGGAGAAAACAGAUCAUGCAACAGAAGCUGGAAAGAGGUCUAGCGAUAGCAUUUCUGAUUCACAGUACUGGAGAUAUGAUGUCAACCAAAAAAGGCAGAAACAUGGAGCUGGGGAUGGUAAUAGGCUGUGUUUUAAGUUUGUAUCCUCUGGCUCUUGUCCUCGAGGGGAAAAUUGCAACUUUCAGCAUGAUGUAGAUGCAAGAGAACAAUCUUUGAGGGGUGUUUGUUUCGAUUUUAUGAACAAAGGAAAAUGUGAAAGGGGUCCAGAUUGCAAAUUUAAGCACAGCUUACAGGCUGAAGGUGAGAGCAAUUCUCACCAGAGACGUGGAUCUGGAAAUGCCAACAGUAACAGGUCAACAGAGUGCUGGUUUUGUUUGUCAAGCCCCAAAGUAGAAUCACAUCUAAUUAUCAGCAUAGGGGAGCAUUACUAUUGUGCCCUUGCUAAAGGUCCGCUUGUUGAAGACCACGUAUUGCUAAUUCCUAUAGGCCAUUUACCCAACACCCUUUCUUUACCCGCAGAAUGCGAAAUUGAGCUUGGUAAAUUCCAGGAUGCUCUAAAGCAGUAUUAUAAAAAACAAGGGAAGGACGUUGUUUUCUUUGAGUGGGCUUCGAAACGUACAACUCAUGCUAAUCUUCAGGCCGUUCCUGUUCCAUCAGCCAAAUCAGCUGCUGUUCAAAAUAUAUUUAACUUAGCUGCAGAAAAGUUGAGCUUCAAGUUUGAGACUAUGAAAUCUGGUAACAAUUCUGAUGGGAGGAAAAUGUUAAGGACGCAAUUCGACAGAAAUUUCAGUUUCUUCUAUGUUCAGCUCCCUGAUGGUACAAUCCUGUCUCAUUCAAUUGAGGAGAAUGAGAGAUUCCUACCCCAAUUUGGACGCGAGGUUAUAGCAGGUUUGUUGAACAAGGCUGACAGGGCUGAUUGGAGGAAUUGUACAGAUAGCAAAGAAGAGGAAGCCAAGAUGGCGGGAGAUUUCAAGAGUGGAUUUGAAGAAUUUGAUCCAAAUAAGUAAUUUCUCUCAAAAGGAACUAGGACUGAGAGUCAUAAAUUUGUGGCGUGAUGUGAUAUCUUGAAUGUCCUUUGCAAUUUCUUUGUCUACUGGUGACGUCCACCAACCUCCGUAGUCCUUAGCAUCCAUAUUCUUACCAAUUUUGAGAACCAAAGACAAGAUUGCUCAAUGUAUGUCAUUGUUUUGUCACUUCAAGGUUGCUCAAUUUUGACAACUAAUCCCAGAUGUUCUCUAAUGCUUCCUGAUGCUUCCUGAACAACUUGUCGACGGUUCAUUCUCGUGAGAUCAAGAGGUGGCCUUAGUGCACCAACUGAAUACUUAUUGGCUAUUUCAACUUUCGCAGAGUGUCCAAAGAUGAGAACGAGUCCAGUAAGUUUAACCCAAGUGCUGAUUGAUGCCUAUUUUCUUUUUACAAAUUUAUAAAUAAACCCAAUCCUAGACAUGUAUUUAUAA